AAAGAGUGAUUCGACGGAAGUUCGCACAGGUAUUCAGGUAGUUGUCAGAAAUGGAAAGUAGCCAGUUCAGUCGAAGGUCCUGGGCGACGCAUUCCUUGCGUAUCACUGCAAAGGAGCUGUCACUUGUGAGUGGUCGAGGGAAAAACAAUGCCAUCGCUGAACGCUUCUCCAAGUACCAGAGAGCUGCGGAGGAGUCUGCAGAGAAGAAAAAAGGAUCUUUUGAGAGUGCGUCACCCUCCCUGCGGUCAAGCAACCUGAGUGCUCUGAAGAAGCGCUGGGAGCAGGCCGGAACCACUGAUCACGUCAAGUCUUCUACCAACCCAUCUCCUGUCCAGUCCAGCUUACGUAGCGCACCUGUUGCCUUGACCAGGCAGACUGCUAUCAGUGAAAACCCACCUCAGCUGAAGAGACCUGGCCCGCUGACUGCUCAGGAAGGUCAACAUACAGUCCGUAGUGCCCAGAAGCCUCCAGCAGCAGCUCCAGCAGCAGCUCCAGCAGCUCCAGCAGGUGAAGAACAGAGAGGGAUGGACAGGGAUGAGCUGACACACAACGAAAGACCAGAAAAGCUUGAAGAGCAAGUUCCAACUAGCCCCUGUGCCUCCUAUGAAAAACCUCGAGUGCCACUGAACAACCUGAAGAUGAGGUUCGAGAAGGGAGAGGAGAAUACAGGAAAGAGUGGCAGGACAACACUACGCAGUAAUUCAUCAGAGGAGAUGGACCAACACAGUGUGACUGACAGGGUGCUGGAGAAAACCUCGCUGAGGGAGAAGAUGGCAAAGUACCAGGCUGCUGUUACCAAACAAGUCCCUGCACAAGAUGGUCUGGCUCCAGAGGUGCCUACUCCAAAAACAUCUGCGCCUGUAAAUGAGAAACCUGUACCUGUGCCUGAGUGCAAUGGGAAGAGCAGCGAGCCAGCCAAAGCAUCCAGGAAGUUCUGCCCACCGGUGAAGGAGAUAUGCAUUGCUUGUCUGAAGACAGUGUACCCAUUGGAGAGACUGGUGUCUCAAAAGCAUGUUUACCACAAAGCCUGCUUCCGCUGUGUUCACUGCAAUACAAAGCUCAGUUUUGGGAACUAUGCCUCUCUGCACGGUAAUGUGUACUGCAAGCCCCAUUUCAGCCAGCUGUUUAAAGCUAAGGGUAACUAUGAUGAGGGCUUCGGCUAUCGGCCUCACAAGGAGAUGUGGGAACCCCGAGCUAACGGAGAUGAAGGUGAAGAAUUGGUGAAACCAAAAGAACCAGAGGCACCAGCAGCAGGAACAGGUUCAGUUCAGAGUAUCUCAGACAAAGAGCCAGCCCCGCCAGUCGAAACAUCCCAGCAGGUCAAAGUUACAGACAUGACUACCAAACUGGAGACACGUGUGCAGUCACAUGCUAGCUCUGGUGAGAAACAUCAGUCUGCAGAGAAGCCAGCUGAGACACGCAGGCUGAGGAUCGCCUGGCCUCCUCCAGGUGGUGAGGGCCAGUCUGGAACAGGAGCACUUAGUCCCGUCACAGAGGGAGCUGCUUCAGGCCGAUCCUGGAGAGCCAAGUGGCCACCAGGGGACGAUGUACCAUCAUCCUUCCAGAGCUCUGACCGAGCUGAACUGAAGGGUCUGAGGAGGAGCUCUUCUCUGAAGGAGCGCAGUCGGCCUUUUACAAUCGCAGUUAAACCUGCCCCUGCAGCUGGUCCAGGGCCCAGGGAGCCUCGUCGCCCUCUCAAGUCGCUGCUGGAAUGGAGAGCAUCACUGGAAGAAAAAAGCUCAUCUGAAGAACAACCCAGAGAAAACAAACCAGAGAAACAGCAAGAAAAGAAAGAGCAGGUGACACCUCAGACGAGUGAAGAUGCAGCAAGUCUAAGUGAGACCAUCUCAGAGGAGGAUUUGGAGACUGUGCCUAAGCAACAGGAAGACAGAGAUGAACAGAGAGGAAAAGAAGCUGCAGACCAGAGGGUGGUUGAAGAGGGCUCCCUCAGAAGCAUCUCCCCUGAUGUCUCAGUAUCCCCCUCCCCACCAUUGCAGCCAAAACAAAAUCGCACCUCCCAGGAUGUGGGCUUCUGGGAGGAGGACAAAGAAGGAAGUGAUGCUGAGGAGCUGAGUGCAGAGGAUAUAAUCAAGAGGAACCGUUACUAUGAGGAGGAGGAGGACUCUGACUCAUAGAAACAUCUCAUGAUCAAAUUGUCAAUCCACCAUAUAUAACACUCAGUUAGUUUCAUCAUCUCAGUUUAUUGGUAGAUCAUUAAUUUAGCUUUGCCAGAUUUUAUAGUCUUUAAAGUUGCAAAAAGGUUUAAUAAGCGUGUGUAUGUGCAUAUAUGUUACAAUAAUUGCCUUUAAUCUCUAAAGUACAAAAGUUUUUUCAAUACUGUAAAAAUAUCUAAUACAGCUUUUAUAUGACUCCUGAUCAUACUGGAAGGUGGGCCUCUAUUAGAAAUCAGUACAUUUCUGCACCUCAUCUUUUGAUUUAUUUUAUCCAACAACAUACUUAAUGUAAUGCAAAUUGAAAGUGCUUUUUAAUUACAGCCAGCACCAGCCUGCAUCAACCAAAACUGCCAUUAGUGUAUUUUUACCCAAACUAGAAUACAUAAAAGACCCAAGUAUCUUAUUACACCAAAACAGUACUUUAUUCUUAAGAUAUUGCUGGAAAACAAGUCAUUGUAGAGGUGAUUUCUUUCUUUUUUUUUAACUCAAAUUUAUAUUGUGAAUUAGAGGAAAAAACAAAAAAAUAUAUAACCCAAGUAAGUAUGCUCUGGGUUAGAGUUUAGGGAGCACAUUACUUAGAUCUUGUCUUUUCUCAGGGAUGCAGACAUCAUCAGUGUCUGCUCCCUCAUGUCCAGCUGCCUUUGUACUGUAUCUCCUCUCACGAGACUGCCGCUAUCAGAGGCAUUACAGUGAUUUACAAGAAGUUAAAAUACUAUAUAGCAGACAAUAUGCAGUUUACUUGUUAUUAAGCCUUUACCUUAUCCAAACAUCUGCAUAAUCAUAACUACAUGUAAAUGGUGAUGUGCAAAUUUACAUUCAGACCAGUCAGUGAGCUAUAAUAACACUCUCCAGCAGGGGGCUCUCUGGUCUGAAAAACAUUCAACCGAGAGACAUAAGGAUGUAUUGCAAAGGGAUUCUCAAAAUCAUAUGUGGAGAUAUAUGGAGAUAUAUUCAUGUAGAAUCUGAUGGGAGUCAAUAUUCCCUACUAUGGUUUUUAACACAUUUGAAAAUGUGCAGCCUUUGUGAAAUGAUCUGAAACCUCUGAAACUAGAAAGUUAUGCUCGAGAUGCUCUGGAAAUGUUACCUCACCAUUACCUCAAAAAUUGAGAAUGUAUAAUUAACCAAAGUCUCUACUGACAGCUAACCUUUCAGUCUGAUAACUCAGUAUGUAUCAUCUCUUUGGGCCUUCUGGAUUUGUCUUUAACAUUGUAAAAUGUGGUGUCCAAUUUAUAUGUAAAACACUUUGUAUUUUGAAAAGUGCCGCGGAAUAUAUGUUUGCACUGCAGAAGAUUUUUUAAUAAUUUGUAUAUUGACACGUUGCCCACCACAGUGUAAGCUGUUGUUGAAACACAUUAAAAUGUAUCGAUAAGGACAAUCAAGA